CGGAACGGUAGUCACGCUUUGGGUCAUAUGACCGACGUUACGCGAUGAUUGAUGUGUAGUCAUAGGCGUUGACUUGACUUCUUGGUGGUGUAUCUCGUGAUCUCGAGUUCCUACGAGUCUUCAAGAAUUACCUAACGAAUUUCGUAUAUCUCUUCGAGGAAAAAAUACAGAAGACAUUAUGGCUCUCAGCGACGCUGACGUACAGAAGCAGAUCAAGCAUAUGAUGGCCUUUAUAGAACAAGAGGCCAAUGAGAAAGCAGAAGAAAUAGAUGCUAAAGCAGAAGAAGAAUUUAAUAUCGAGAAGGGACGUCUAGUGCAGCAACAGCGUCUUAAGAUCAUGGAAUAUUAUGAGAAAAAGGAAAAGCAAGUUGAAUUACAAAAGAAGAUACAAUCUUCAAAUAUGCUCAAUCAAGCUCGAUUGAAAGCUUUAAAAGUACGUGAAGAUCAUGUACGCAAUGUACUUGAAGAAGCUAGGAAGAGAUUAGGUGAAGUAACUCGUGAUACAGGACGAUAUAGAGAAAUUCUUCAACUGUUAAUUAUUCAGGGGCUUUAUCAAUUAACAGAGACAAACAUUACUCUUCGUGUUCGUCAAAUUGAUAUACCUAUUGUAGAAUCUCUUAUUGACGUUGUUCAACAACAAUAUAAGCAGAAAACUAAAAAAGACGUUACCCUGAAAAUCGAUUCCGAUAAUUUCUUGCCUGGCGAAAGCUGCGGAGGCGUGGAAUUAUUAGCAUCCAGAGGACGUAUAAAAAUCAGUAAUACUUUGGAGACUAGAUUAGAGCUGAUCGCGCAACAGUUGGUCCCCGAGAUCCGUUCCGCUCUGUUCGGACGCAAUCCAAACCGCAAAUUUACCGAUUAAGUUACCUUUCUUGACAGUUAUUUGACUAUCCAAAACAUUCCCUCUUAAUAGCAGAUUAUUAUUGCAUUAUCAUAUAUCGUGUAGAGUAAAAUUAGUGUACUACAAUUUGCUGGCCUUUGUCAAGAUUCUCAUCUUGAAAAUUGUCUAAUAUUUUUAAUGAAAGUAUUCAAUUGAUUACCGUGCAAUAUUUAUCGUUACAAGAGUUAUGAACAUAACUCUUCUAUCAUUUUAUCUAAUCUUUAGCUUAACAGGUAAAAGAAAAUCAUGAACAUAAAAAUGUAUAGUUAUCAAAUAUCUCACAUCCAUUUAACUAACUGUUAAUAUUCUUGUUAAAAUCAGUGUUCAUAAAUAAAAUAGUAUUUCUUCAAUUUUCUCAAAGGCAAUUAGGAAUGUUAAUGCGGACAAAAUGUAUGUUAAUAAUAAUAAUUAAUGUUACUUUGGCUGCUUAUGUUAAAACGAAUAGCAAUCGCAAGAAGAAUGUAGUAUAGUCAAUAUAUUGUGCAGUCGUACAAAAAUAUUAGCUGUGCUUUAUAUGUAUAUACGUAUACGAUACAUAUAUUUAUAUACGUAUAGAGCAUAUCAGUAUGUUAUGUACAUUAUGUAUAAAAUGUAAUGAUGUAACAGUAUAUAAAUAUAUUAUUCAUUGUUGUUUUAAAAA